AUGGGCCAGUUAGGGACUAAGGGUAAAAAGCUCUUUUCCCUUAUGGAUAUGAAACCUCCCAUCUCUCGAGCCAAGAUGAUUCUCAUCACUAAAGCUGCUAUUAAAGCUAUUAAGCUUUAUAAGCAUGUAGUUCAAAUAGUAGAAAAGUUCAUCAAAAAGUGUAAACCAGAAUACAAGGUUCCAGGAUUAUAUGUAAUUGAUUCAAUUGUAAGACAGUCUCGUCAUCAAUUUGGAACUGAUAAAGAUGUUUUUGGGCCAAGAUUCUCUAAAAACAUUACUGCCACAUUCCAAUAUUUAUAUCUUUGUCCAUCUGAAGAUAAGAGUAAAAUAGUUCGAGUACUGAACCUUUGGCAAAAAAAUGGAGUGUUUAAAAUUGAAAUUAUUCAGCCUCUUUUGGACAUGGCAGCAGGAGCCAGUAAUGCUGCCCCAGUUGCAGAGAGUGUUACUAAUAAUGAAGGUUCACCUCCACCUCCAGUAAAAGUUUCUUCUGAACCCCCACAAGUCACUACAAACUCAGUAGCAGCUGUGCCACAAUUGCCCAGCUCUGACGCUUUCGCUGCUGUAGCCCAACUAUUUCAGACAACUCAAGGGCAACAGCUUCAGCAGAUCCUUCAGACUUUUCAACAACCUCCAAAACCACAAUCUCCCGCCAUUGACAAUGCUGUGAUGGCUCAGGUUCAAGCUAUCACAGCUCAGUUAAAGACAGCUCCUACACAGCCACCUGAACAAAAAGCUGCUUUCCCCCCACCUGAACAAAAAACUGCAUUUGACAAGAAGCUGCUUGAUAGAUUUGAUUAUGAUGAUGAGCCAGAAGCUGUGGAAGAAUCAAAGAAAGAAGAGGCGGCAGUAGCCACUGCCACCGCCGCCGCCGCCGCCAUCACCACCCCUCCUGCUGUUGCCCCUCCUGCUCCUGCUGCUGCCCCCACUGCUGCCCCCACUGCUGCCACUCCCACUGCUUCUCCACCUCCACAGACACCAUUUGGAUUUCCUGGUGAUGGCAUGCAACAGCCAGCCUAUACACAGCAUCAAAAUAUGGAUCCGUUUCAACCUCGAAUGAUGGGAAUACAACAGGAUCCACUGCACCAUCAGGUUCCGCUUCCUCCUAAUGGACAAAUGCCAGCAUUUGGACUUCUUCCUACACCUCCUUUUCCCCCUAUGGCUCAGCCUGUGAUUCCUCCAACUCCACCAGUGCAGCAGCCUUUCCAGGCUUCUUUCCAGGCACAGAACGAACCACCUACCCAGAAGGCACAUCAACAGGAAAUGGAAGUAGAACAGCCUUGUAUUCAAGAGGUUAAGCGGCAUAUGUCUGAAAACAGAAAGUCAAGAUCUAGGUCAGCAUCCAGGUCACCAAAAAGAAGAAGAUCUAGAUCUGGUUCUAGAUCACGAAGAUCUCGCCAUCGGCGGUCUCGAUCUCGAUCCAGGGAUAGACGCCGACAUUCUCCUAGAUCUCGAUCCCAAGAACGACGGGAUCGAGAAAAAGAAAGGGAACGCCGACAGAAAGGUCUUCCUCAAAUCAAACCAGAAACUGCAAGUGUUUGUAGUACUACACUCUGGGUGGGACAGCUGGACAAACGGACAACGCAGCAGGAUGUUGCCAGUCUCUUAGAAGAAUUUGGUCCAAUUGAAUCAAUUAAUAUGAUUCCUCCCAGGGGUUGUGCCUAUAUUGUCAUGGUUCAUAGGCAUGAUGCUUAUCGUGCCCUGCAGAAACUGAGCCGAGGAAACUACAAAGUGAACCAGAAAUCCAUAAAGAUUGCCUGGGCCUUAAACAAAGGAAUAAAGGCUGAUUAUAAGCAGUAUUGGGAUGUAGAACUUGGUGUUACGUAUAUUCCAUGGGACAAAGUCAAGCCUGAGGAGCUGGAAGGUUUUUGUGAAGGAGGAAUGUUGGACAGUGAUACACUUAACCCAGAUUGGAAAGGAAUUCCCAAGAAGCCUGAAAAUGAAGUUGCUCAAAAUGGAGGUGCAGAAAGCUCACACACAGAACCAGUAUCGCCCAUACCUAAAGCGUUGCCUGUUCCUGUCCCUCCUAUUCCUGUUCCUACACCUAUAACAGUACCACCUCCACAGGUCCCACCACAUCAGCCUGGUCCUCCUGUAGUUGGUACGCUCCAGCCACCUACUUUCACCCCUCCUUUGGGAAUCCCUCCUCCAGGCUUUGGCCCUGGUGUUCCUCCUCCUCCACCACCACCACCAUUUUUGCGCCCAGGAUUCAACCCAAUGCAUUUACCACCAGGUUUUCUUCCUCCUGGGCCCCCACCUCCUAUAACUCCACCAGUAUCCAUUCCUCCUCCUCACACUCCACCAAUAAGCAUCCCAAACUCUACUAUCGCUGGUAUAAAUGAAGACACUACAAAAGACUUAUCUAUUGGAAAUCCCAUUCCAACAGUGGUGUCUGGGGCUAGAGGAAACGCCGAGUCUGGUGACAGUGUGAAAAUGUACGGUUCUGCUGUGCCACCUGCUGCUCCCACGAAUCUGCCCACCCCUCCUGUAACCCAGCCUGUCUCACUUCUUGGCACUCAAGGAGUUGCACCUGGUCCUGUGAUUGGGCUUCAAGCACCAUCUACUGGUCUUCUUGGUGCGCGACCUGGUCUGAUCCCACUCCAGCGGCCUCCAGGAAUGCCUCCACCUCAUCUACAGCGAUUUCCCUUGAUGCCCCCCCGUCCUAUGCCACCACAUAUGAUGCAUAGAGGGCCACCCCCAGGACCAGGGGGCUUUGGAAUGCCUCCACCACACGGAAUGAAAGGUCCCUUUCCACCACAUGGCCCCUUCGUUAGGCCUGGGGGAAUGCCAGGGCUCGGGGGCCCAGGCCCAGGCCCAGGGGGCCCUGAAGACAGAGAUGGAAGGCAGCCACAACCACAGCAGCAGCAACCGCCGCCCCCACAACCACAGCAACAGCCGCCGCCAUCACAACCACCACCAACACAGCAGCAACCACAGCAGUUUAGGAAUGAUAAUAGGCAGCAGUUUAAUUCAGGUAGAGACCAAGAAAGGUUUGGAAGAAGAUCUUUUGGAAAUAGGGUGGAAAAUGAUCGAGAGCGGUAUGGGAAUCGGAAUGAUGAUAGAGAUAACAGUAAUCGAGAAAGGCGAGAGUGGGGAAGGAGGAGCCCUGACCGGGACAGGCACAGAGACUUGGAAGAAAGAAAUAGACGCUCUAGUGGGCAUCGAGACAGAGAGAGAGAUUCUAGAGAUAGAGAGUCUCGUAGAGAGAAAGAAGAAAACCGAGGAAAGGAAAAGCCUGAGGUGACAGACAGGGCAGGUGGUAACAAAACCACUGAACCUCCCAUUAGUCAAGUGGGAAAUGUAGACACUGUUUCAGAACUUGAUAAGGGGGAAUCUGCGGCUGCAGUUGUAAAACCUUCUGAAGAGUCACCUGCUGAGGCUACCUCAUCCGUUGAACCUGAAAAGGAUUCUGGCUCAGCAGCAGAGGCUCCUCGUUAG